ACGUAACCCACCCACCACUGCACUACACCUCCAUCAGCACCACCACCCUACAACAACAUCCAAAUUUCAGACCACACAAUAACACCCCAAACCCUUCUCCCAAAUACUCCCCCUUCAUUAAAUCUUCACCCGCCUACAGACUACAGAACACAUAAUGACCAGCCUCACCGGCCAAGAAUCCUCCGCCAACCAACCCGACCUCCCCAUCAACCCCGGCACAACAACCAACACCGGCGGCAAACCAGGGAAAGACGACCCCAGCGUACCCUUUAAAGUCGGCAAAGAAUCUUCUUCUUCUGGAGGCCUCGACGUGGGCAGAAUCGAUAAAGCCGACGCAGCAACUUCCAACGCCUCCGGCACCUCUGAGCAGCGCUGCGGCGAAGAUCUCGCGUUCCAGCAGGAGGCGGGGGAGAAGGGGUAUGUGGGGCCGAAGACGGGGAGUGAGAGCCUGGUUGAGAGUAUUGAGCGGAGUGUGCAUGAGAGGGGGGAGGGGGAGCAUUCGCGGGAGAUGUGA